AUGGCCUUGGUUACAAUGGAAAAGAUGGAAAAGGACAGGACCGGUUAUUUUUCUAGAUGGGAUGGCGUUAGAGACAUUGACGUGUGGAAAUGGGAGUUGAGUCGGGACUUCACAGACUGUGUGCAGUCAUUCAACUGCGGGACAAAUAUCUGGGCAAAGAACCAUAUCUUACGGCGAUUACGAUGGCUGGAUAACAAGCCAGCAGCACAAUUGGCAACACUUGCCUAUCUAGCUAUAUGGCAUGGCUACCAUUUGGGAUACUUCCUGCUUUUCGGUCUAGAGUUCGGCUGUGUAUCUGCUCAACAACAGUUGUACAAGCUUAUUGAUCAAACUCCUGGAUGGGCUGAAUUUAUUGCAAAGCCAUCCGUUCGACCAUUUAUCUGGUUGUUUGGACGUAUCACCACAUUAUAUUCCAUGGGAUUCGCCUUCCUUACUUUUGGUUUGGUGAAGACAAGAUAUUGGUUUGGGCCAGUAAAAUCAAUGUACUUCCUGAUCUACAUCAUCUAUUUUGCUAUAUGGCCGAUGCUGUACCAUGUAUUAUCCACUGUACUACCAAGAAAACCGAAACAGGACAAGAAAGUCUUACGCAAUCAGCUGAAUUCAAACUUAGCAGAGAAGAAAGUGUCUUGA